ACAGGCUUUCCUGAUCCCCCCACCCUGCUCUGCUCUUUGCCACUUUCUUCAAACCUGGCUGAAGUCCUCCAUACACCRGUGACCAGAGCCCAGAGCAGCCUGUCUCAUUCUGGGAUGCUUUCAAAAAUUAAUUUGGAUCUUCUGGUCACUUUCCACUGUGUCACAUCCUCCUGCACAAGGGAGAACAGGAAAUGGCAAACUCCCAGUAUGAGGCAAAGCAUUCCCAUCGCAGCAAUUGGUCCGCAGGAGCUAUAAAUUGGUCUCCUCCAGAAACAGAUCAAAAUUUGUCUUCUGGGACAGCAGCUGGAAACUGAAGAAGCCAUGGAGAYGAACAGCGCUGCCUUCCUGCAGAUGCCAGACCCCACACACCAUUUCCACGUUGCCCUGCUGGAUCAGAGACAGAGGCUGCGUGGUCAAAUUGCUCACCUCCGCAAGGCAGCUCAGAAACUCAACAAGCUCCGCAAAAGGUCCGUGAUCGCCAACAUCAGCGGGAACACCCUGACCGCYACAGGAGCUGUCACAGCCAUCCUGGGACUGUCCCUGAGCCCAGCAACCCUGGGAGCUUCUCUUCUGGCAUCAGCUGUGGGUCUGGGCCUGGCCACUGCUGGGGGAGCCGUCAGCAUCACUUCUGACCUCUCCUUGGUGCUCUGCAAUUCCCGAGAGGUGAGGAAGGUGCAGGAAAUUGCAACGACUUGUCGGAAACAGAUGAGGGAAAUACUCGGCUGCCUGGAGUUCCUUUGCCGAGGGCAGGGCCCAGGUGAUCCCGUGCUGUGCCAGUCAGAGAAGAGGGCAUCAAUCUCCCUCUACAAGUCUGUCUGCUUCAUGGUCUGCUGUGGCUCCCACAGCUUCCUYGUGCCAGAAUACACAAAGGAGGUCACAAAAGUAAGCCAGGCUGUGCUGAAAGCCAAAAUCCAGAAGCUGGCUGACAACCUGGAGACCUGCACCAGGGCAAUGGAUGAAGUCUGUGACCUUCUUGAGUCCAGAGCCGAGCUUUCCCCUUGCACGAGGAGACUGAGCUUGGGGGCUAAAACCGCUGCUGAGAUCCUGAGACAUCCAGCUGAAACAGUGUUUGGCCCUUAUUAAAACUGGGUUUGGAGACAUUACAUCAUUAACUGUGACCAUUAGCACCUCUACCUGUUUUAUGGUGCUGACGCACACAGGUACGCACAUCUCAUGUGCUUCAUCCAUAUCCAAACACAAACUCCUGCCCGACAGGAAGCCAAAGCUUACACAAACACACCCCCCCACACCCAGUGACAGCAGCCACCUGACCCGGGUUGGAGGCUGAGAUGGACACACAGACUCUGACACACACAGCAGCAGACCUUGGAGCCUGCAGGAUGGGGCAGACAGAUGCUCUGCAGACCCGUGUUUCCUCCAGCCAUCUCCGCUGCUCUGCUUCCCCAAGGCAGCAAAAAGAAGUGGAUGAGGAGGCUGAUGAAAUACCUGAUGCUGACUGAACUUAGUUUGUAAACAACUUAUGAAUCCGUGUGUGGUACAAGGGCUGGAGUACCCUAAAAAGCCAGCGACUGCCAAUUUCCAGCAGAGUACAGUUCCAUUAACAAGGUACAUCUGGAAAUGCUGUAGAAAGAAGCAGCUCCAGAUAUAACAGACUGUAUGGAUAGUUCACCACCCCAGGGUGAAAUAGCAGGGCCAGAAUUUGUUAUCCCUUUUGAAGAAACCUCUCCAGACUGAGAACUGUGAUGUUUAUGUUCUAUUUAUUUACACAGAAUUAUUUUAAGGUUAUGACAUUGUAUUUAAGAGUGCUUUUUUUUUUAUUAUUUUUUUUUAAGGAAAAGGAGGCCUCUGUUCCAAAGGAAAGCAGUUUCUAUCAGAGUAAAAGCAAGUCUGUGGCAUGUAAGAGCAAGUUACCUGUUAUUUUGCUGUGAAAGAGGGCAAGUCCCUGUAGGAAAAGGAAAGCAUGAGCUGAAUGCAGAUAGUUAUAAAAUAGGUGAAACACAGCCUAACACUGACAACAGAUCUUAGGAGCCAAAACAGAGAGAAGAAGAGUGACCCUGGGACCAGAGUUUGCCUCAGGGCACUGGUGGAAGAAAGCAGUUAUGUCUCUUGCAGCAGGAAGGGAAGGGAAGGUUGGUGUUACUGGUCUGAGCUGGAGCUCUGCUGUGAUGKGAGCACACCUGAGAGGUGGAGGGGCCACUCUCCAUGCAGUCAARCAGCCUGUGAGACCCACAGGGGAUCACCUGUGAGGAAGCAGCACUCACGGAGAGCURCACACAUUCCUAGCAUUGCUUCCCAGGGAAGGCUUCAUAUUAGUGAAAUAYGUGCGGGUGCUAACAAUCAGAGAGGUAGAGAGGAGUAGGAUGAUUCAGUGGCAGAGCCCCUACAAAGCAGGAGCAAGGACUGAGACCCUGUUUCAUAUGACUGUUCUGCUAAAUAUUCCCUUUGUGAUUUUUUGACCCAUCAGUACCUCAGUUCCCUGUCUAAAAAAUGGGGAUAGUACUUCCUUACCUCAUACCUCAAAAGGAUGUUUCUGGGACAAAUGCUUAAAUGUGCUCGAGUACAGUGAUGAUGGGGAUCAUGUCAGUACCUAAAAGAGGUAAAAGAAAGAGCCCCUGAAACUAACUUGAGACAACCAGAAGAUUUAAUGCAGAGGUAAUUCCCUCCACAAGCAUGCCCCGGUGGAUAAGGGAAACUUCCUGGCACAGGUGCAAAUACAAAUGAUCUGAAAAAAUUGCUCUGUAAAUCUGUAACAUUGACCAAAUUCUUAGGAAGGGCAACACUCCAUGUCACAAAGCUUGAAUCCUUGUCCUUUUUGUCUCUUCUUCUCAUGAUAUCAACAUUUGUUUCCAUAUAUAGGAAGAAUAAAAGCUCUGGUUCCUUGGAGUGGGACUCAUUGAAAUGCUUGCGAUACCCAUGCCUGUUUGCCAGAAAUUAACAAGUAAACUGCUGAUUCAAAUAAAUGAAAAUG